CCCAACUCUCUCUCUCUACUCCCUCUUUUCAUGGUGAGGACCCAACCCUCUCUCUCUCUUCUAUCUAUCCCCAUUGCCUUGGAAGCAAGGAGAUGUGUUCAUUUAUCUCCACCUCUCUCUACAGCGUUACAUGAACAGUGACUGCUCUCUGUUUCCCUUUUUUUUUUCUUCUUCUUAUUCCCUUAGCUUAGUUCUUCUGAAAAAAACUAUCUCGUCACCUAUACCGCUCUAAACUUUCAGAUCAGGUCACACACACACACACUCUCUCUUUGAUGGAAUCUGAGCCAAUCAGUAGAAUCAAGAAAAGUUACUCAAAUCUCAGGGAGGAAAGAUUUGGUUUCUAAGAAUCAAGAAUUUAGUUUCUUCUUUGUUACUCCAUGGCCUCCAAAACUUCUGAAGGAUCACUUACCAACUCAAGUCAAAGUAUGUCAGUGAACACUUUAGCAGAUCAAGUAUCUUCAAGUCUGUCUUUCACUGAUCCAAGUAACGACAGCAAAACUAAUAAUAAUAAGAAGAAGAGCGAGCAAGGUGAGAGCGGGAAGAGCAGCACAUGUAGACCGAGCACGAGCAGUGAUAUAAGCGAUGAGAGCACUUGUAGCAGCUUUAGCAGCAGCAUCAACAAACCUCACAAGGCCAACGAUGUGAGAUGGGAAGCUAUUCAAGCUGUUAGAACUAAACACGGUGGUUUGGGUUUGAACCAUUUUAGGCUCUUGAAGAGGUUAGGAUGUGGUGACAUAGGAACUGUUCAUCUCGCUGAGUUGAAUGGAACUAGGUGUUACUUUGCGAUGAAGGUUAUGGAUAAAACAGCUUUAGCUAGCAGGAAGAAGCUUCUUAGAGCUCAGACCGAGAGAGAGAUAUUACAGUGUCUUGAUCACCCGUUUCUUCCGACAUUGUAUAGUCAUUUUGAGACAGAGAAGUUUUCUUGUUUGGUUAUGGAGUUUUGUCCUGGUGGUGAUUUGCAUACACUGAGACAGAGACAACCAGGGAAACGCUUCACUGAGCAAGCAGCAAAGUUUUAUGUAGCAGAGGUACUUCUAGCAAUGGAGUAUCUACACAUGCUUGGGAUCAUUUACCGUGAUCUGAAACCAGAGAAUGUUCUUGUGAGAGAUGAUGGACACGUGAUGCUUUCAGACUUUGAUCUCUCCCUGAGAUGUACUGUGAGUCUCUCCAUAGUCAGAUCAACCAAUCUUGGCUCCGAAGGCUUGUCAAAGAACUCAGUUUCUUGCUCACAACAACCCGCUUGCAUCCAGCAGCCAUCUUGCAUCUCAAUGGCUCCAACAUCUUGCUUUGGUCCUCGGUUCUUCUCAUCCAAGUCCAAGAAAGACAAGAAACCCAAAACAGACAACGGGAACCACCAAGUAACACCGUUACCAGAGCUUGUUGCAGAGCCAACAAGCGCACGUUCAAUGUCUUUCGUGGGGACACACGAGUACUUAGCUCCAGAGAUCAUCAAAGGUGAAGGACAUGGAAGUGCGGUUGAUUGGUGGACCUUUGGGAUCUUUCUUUACGAGUUGCUGUUUGGUAAAACACCGUUUAAAGGGUCAGGAAAUAGGGCUACGCUGUUCAAUGUGGUUGGUCAGCCCUUGAGGUUCCCUGAGUCUCCGGUUGUUAGCUUUGCAGCAAGAGAUUUGAUAAGGAGUUUGCUUGUGAAGGAGCCACAACAUAGGUUAGCUUAUAAGCGUGGAGCAACAGAGAUUAAGCAGCAUUCUUUCUUUAAAGGAGUGAAUUGGGCUUUGGUUAGGUGUGCUAGUCCCACCUGA